AUGGCAACAAAGAAGAGUCAGACCUCUAUAUUCCUCUCCCGUCCACACCUUCGAAGUUUCUUUUCUUCUCCCAGCGCAUCAGGCGAUGCGUCUGAACAGCAGAAGAAGGUGAAAAUCAUCUCGCGGCGCAUCUCCCAGCUUGGCAUCACCGGAAUCAAAGAAGAGCAUAUGGCCUAUGCAUUGCAGUCGACCCAUGCACAAGGAGACGUGGAUAAGGCAUUCGACCUGCUACUCCUUCUUGAGGACUCGAUCGAAGGCGUUGUGAGGGGAUAUACACCAAGCACAAAGCUACUGGGCGCGGAAAAUCGCGAAAUGGUCACCUGCUACCUCGACGCGCUUCUCUUCGCCAUGUUUGCACGGUUCGACUGCUUUGAGCCCAUCCUGUACAAGACUUUCGACGACGAACCCCGUCGGGACCUGGCUAUUCUGCUGCGGUUCUGGGUCAACAUGCUGCGGUCUGGCAGGCUCAUCACGACUGAUAUUACCAAGCAUCUCCAGGAAGCAUUGGCGAAAUGUGGCUGGAAAGAUGCAGCCGAACUCCGCCAACAGGACGCCUCGGAGGCCUUCACUUUCAUCACAGAGAAACUCGAGCUGCCCCUUCUCACAUUGAAGAUGGAUAUCUAUCACACCGGCAAAGAGGACGAGCGUGACGACCAUAAGUUUGUCAACGAACGAUUGCUUGAGAUCGCAAUCCCUGAGCCUUCUGAUGGCAAGACAGUCACCCUGGAGGACUGCCUGGAAAAUUACUUCAACAACAGAAUCGAAGUGAAGCGCUAUCUGGAGCGACAGAACACCUCCGGCUCCACCAAGUCGCUCGAUUCCCUGUGCAAAGGUGUCUCCGCUCACAUCGAGACGGUGGAGGUCAGCCCGUCCCCGACCGGAUCUCCCACUUCCAUAUCCCCAAUGCGGCUUGAUGAGCUGCAACCAAUAUCCUCCGUGGCGCAGUCGAGUGACCAGAACUCGUCCCGAACGCGGCGCGACAGUAUUGUGCAGGAACGUUUCGUACCCGAUCCAGAAGGAGAAGAAGUCGCAGGCGACAGCAAUUCCCUACGCCGGGGGUCCUACCGUAAGGAGGUCAUGAUGCCGGCGUGGCAGUUUUUCAGCUUGAUACCGUGGUACACCGAUAAUACCCCUAAAAACGACGCCCAAAUUGCGACGCAUUUCUCCACGAAACGACCUAUGCUUGGCAUCUGUCUCAAACGGUACAGCAUGACCCCAGCAGGCAGGGCUGUCCGGCUCAACACGUUCGUGGACAUUCCGACGGAGAUUGGCCUGCCUCAUUUCAUCCAGGAUGACAGUAUGGACGAAGAAGGGCCCAUAUACGGGAACUUCAAGCUCUCCUUGCAAGCCAUGGUCUGUCAUCGUGGCAACUCUGUGGAUUCCGGGCAUUAUAUCUCUAUCGUCAGGGGUACCAAUGCCGGCGUAGCUCCAACCAGCUCUCACAGCUCCCAGUCCACCGUCUCGGAUCCUCCGCAGUACUGGAUGCGGUUCGAUGAUCUGGCGAGAGAACGCGUGACCUUGGUUGAUAUCGAGCAGGCUUUGAAGCAUGAGUCUCCCUACCUGUUGUUCUAUCAAAUUCUCCCUAUUAACGAAGACGCUGCGAUGGUCAACCUUCCUCACCAUCGAAUCCCAUCCAGCGAGUCUGAACCCCGAGAGUUGAAUCUCACCGAAGCUUCUCAGCGUUCCGUCACAGACUUCCUGGACAGUGAGCGGGUGGAAGGCGCUCGGUCCAACCGCCCCAGCUUUGAGAUCACCGGGCCAGAGCACGCAGAGAUCGGAUCGCUCGAUACUCGUGGUAGAAAGUAUAGUGUUGGCUUCUCCGAGACGACUGAGCCCAUGAACUCUACUGGAUGGCCUCAGAUCCAUUCAGUUCCCUCAACAUCACCCAAGCUGGCCCCAGAAUCGGAUGGGAGGAGUUCGUUUUCGUUUUCUCGACGCGGGUCCCGGACGACAAGAAGCAAUCCAGGGAGCCGUGCUGGCAGUCAGGCUAGCGAGAGCCGUUUCAGCUUGACAUUUUCUCGCUUCACUGGUCGUUUGAACAGGGACAAACCAAACAGCGACGAAGGCGAUGACGAGGUGGCCGUGGAGGUCGACCCUCGCGAGGACCGAUCCGCCGCGACGAAUGGCGAGAUGAAAGACAACAGCGCUCGGCGCACGAAGGAGGACGAGAAACAGAAAGGCAAGCUUAAGUCCAGAGAGCGAAUCGGGCGAAAACUCGAGCGCGAAUGCAUCGUGAUGUGA